AUGGAAAGAUUAGCUCAGUUGGCAUUACAUGCUACUUCAUCUGUUGGGGCCCCCCCACCACCAGCUCAUCCUUUGGACCCCUUGUCUCCUCAAGAAAUCAGGUCGGUUUCAAGCAUUGUAAAGAAUAACUAUGCUGGAAAAACCAUCAACUUUAAUACCAUCACUUUGAGGGAACCUAUGAAGAAGGCUUACUAUAACUGGAAAGAGAAAAAUGGGCCAAGACCACCAAGAAUUGCUUAUUUUGUUAUUGUAGCUAAUGGUGACGCUGGUGUACACGAGGGUAUUGUAGAUAUCAGUGCUCAGCAAUUGGUUGAGUUUCAACACACUACUGGAGUUCAGCCAAUCUUGACGCCCUACGAUUUGCAAGUGACCGAGGAAAUUAUUCGUAACGAUCCUGAAGUGAGAAGGCAAUGUGAAAUUAGCGGACUCCCUCCAAACUCGAUGCACAUGAUUUAUUGUGAUGCUUGGACUAUUGGUUACGAUGAAAGAUGGGGAGCUGAUAGAAGAUUACAGCAAGCAUUGAUGUACUACAGAUCUGAUGAAGAUGAUUCCCACUAUUCUCAUCCAUUGGACUUUUGUCCAAUUGUUGAUAUGAAUGCUAAGAAGGUUAUCUUUAUUGAUAUCCCUCAAAGAAGAAGAAAGAUUCCCUUGAACAAGCAUUCAAGCUUCCAUCCUAAACACAUUGCAGAGAAAUUUGGUACAAGAGAAAAUCCAUCUGGUUUUAGAAAUGACAACUUCCCAAUCAACAUUACUCAACCUGAAGGUGUUUCAUUUAGCUUGGAUGGAAAUGUUAUGAGCUGGUCAAACUUUAACUUCCAUAUUGGUUUCAACUACAGAGAAGGUAUUGUGUUGAGCGACAUGACUUGGAGUGACCAUGGACGCGUUAGACCAUUGUUUCAUCGUAUUUCACUUUGUGAAAUGGUGGUUCCUUAUGGUUGCCCAGAUUUCCCCCACCAAAGAAAACACGCUUUGGAUAUUGGUGAGUAUGGUGCAGGUAAUUGUACAAACCCAUUGACUUUGGGAUGUGAUUGCAAAGGUGUCAUUCACUACAUCGAUGCUCACUUUACAGACAAGAAUGGUGAUGCUUCUACUGUCAAGAAUGCCAUUUGCAUUCACGAGGAAGACGAUGGUCUUUUGUUUAAACAUUCUGAUUUCAGAGACGAUUUCCAAACUACUGUUACCACUAGAGGAAAGAAGUUGAUUAUUUCCCAGAUUUUCACUGCCGCUAAUUACGAGUACUGUUUGUACUGGAUCUUCAGACAAGAUGGUACCAUUAAGUUGGAAGUUAGAUUAACAGGUAUCUUGAACACCUUUGUUUGUGCUGAUGAUGAAGAUAUUGGACCAUGGGGUACCAAAGUUUAUCCAAACGUUAACGCGCACAAUCACCAACACUUGUUCUCUUUGAGAUUGCACCCCAGACUUGAUGGUGAUAAUAACUCUGCUGGUACAAGUGAUGCUAAGCCUUCAGCUUACCCAACUGGAUCCAAAGAAAACAAGUAUGGUAAUGCGUUCUAUUGUGAAAAGACAGUUUUCAACAAGGUCAAAGACUCAAUUACAAACUUUGAGGGCAAGACUGCUAGAACCUGGGAUAUUUUCAAUCCAAACUCCCUUCACAAGUAUUCAGGAAAGCCGGCCACUUAUAAAUUGGUGUCCACAUUCUGUUCUCCGUUAUUGGCUCAAGAAGGAUCAUUGGUUAGAAAGAGAGCACCAUGGGCAGCUAAUUCAACUCAAGUUAUUCCAUAUAGUGAUGAUGCUUAUGGUUAUGGUAAGUUGUACCCUUCGGGAGACCACGUGUGUCAAUGGAGUGGUGAAGGUCUGAGAGGUAUGAGAGAAUGGAUUGGCGACGGAGAAGCAAAUGUCAACAAUACUGAUAUCGUGUUUUUCCACACUUUUGGUAUCACUCACUUCCCAGCACCAGAGGACUUCCCAGUUAUGCCUACAGAAAUUUUUGAUCUUCAACUUAGACCUAGAAACUUGCAUGCGGAGAAUCCAGUUUUGGAUGUAAAACCAUCGUACGCUAGAACCACUUCAGAGGUUAAGAAAGGUUUAUCGGGGGUUGAUACCUGCUCUUUGAAUACAGACAAAACUUCAAGGUUGGCUUUUGGUGAUAAAAGCUGUUGCAAGUAA